UCCCUGCAGGGCGAGUUCGUGCACGACGACGUGUGGGCGAUCGUGAACAACCCCGAUGUGCGGCCGGGCGCCCCGCUCCGCUGGGGCAUCUUCACCAACGACUUCUGGGGCAAGGGCAUGGCCGAGAACACCAGCCACAAGUCCUACCGGCCGCUGUGCGUCCUCACCUUCAAGCUAAACAUAUUUUUGACUGGCAUGAACCCAUUCUACUUUCACGCAGUAAAUGUAAUUUUACACUGCUUAGUGACCCUCGUGCUGAUGUACACCUGUGAUAAAACCGUCUUCAAGAAUCGUGGACUUGCUUUUGUUACGGCAUUACUUUUUGCUGUGCAUCCUGUUCACACAGAGGCGGUGGCUGGGAUUGUUGGCAGAGCUGACGUGUUAGCGUGUCUCCUGUUCCUGUUGGCGUUCCUCUCCUACAAUAGGAGUCUGGAUCAGUGUUGUGCUGGGGAAUGUUUCCCUCCCACGGCUUCUCCCUUCUUCUUGCUGCUCAGUUUGUUUCUGGGGACCUGUGCAAUGCUGGUGAAAGAGACUGGAAUCACCGUGUUUGGAGUGUGCUUGGUUUAUGACCUCUUCUCCCUCUCCCACAAGCAAGACGUGACGAGCAACGGGGUCAUCCAUCAGCACAGUCUACAGCAGCCUGGGAGCCCCCAGCCCUCCUCACUGGCAGCCCACUCCCACCGGGAGAACGGGAAGCAGCGGUUCCCUCACAAGGGAGCAUGGGGUGGCUGCCAUUCCUCACUUCCACCAGCACCCAAGAGCAGUGGAUUCCCGGUGUCACCGCGAGCUGUGUGGUCCCUGAUGAGGUAUCUGACAACAAGCAGCAAUAGAAAUUUCCUGCUUACCAUGAGACCAUUUUUAAAAAGGGCUGUUUUGGUCAUCAGUUAUGUGAUUGUCAUUUUGUACUUCCGUCUGUGGAUAAUGGGAGGAUCCAUGCCCCUCUUUUCAGAGCAGGAUAAUCCAGCUUCAUUUUCGCCUUAUUUUCUUACAAGAUUCCUUACUUACUCCUACCUCCUGGCCUUCAACGUGUGGCUUCUGCUUGCGCCUGUUACCCUGUGCUAUGACUGGCAAGUGGGCAGUAUUCCUCUGGUAGAGACCAUCUGGGACACGAGGAACUUAGCCACUGUCCUUCUGGCAGUUGUGAUGGCUCUGUUGAGCCUGCACUGCCUAGCAGCCUUCAAGAGACUGGAGCACAAGGAAGUUCUAGUGGGCUUGCUGUUCCUGGUGUUCCCGUUCAUUCCAGCCAGCAACCUCUUCUUCAGGGUGGGUUUUGUGGUGGCCGAGAGAGUCCUUUACACGCCUAGCAUGGGCUACUGCAUCCUUUUUGUGCAUGGGUUGAGCAAGCUCUGCACUUGGCUAAAUCGAUGUGGGGCCACCACCCUGAUUGUGUCCACGGUGUUGCUGCUGUUGCUUUUCUCUUGGAAAACUGUGAAACAGAAUGAAAUUUGGCUGUCAAGAGAGUCCUUAUUCAGAUCUGGAGUUCAGACUCUGCCCCAUAAUGCCAAGGUUCAUUACAACUACGCCAACUUCCUGAAGGACCAAGGUCGGAACAGGGAAGCCAUCUACCACUACAGAACAGCCCUCAAAUUGUAUCCACGGCACGCAAGCGCCCUGAACAACCUUGGAACGCUGACGAGAGACACGGCAGAGGCAAAGAUGUACUAUCAGAGAGCUCUCCAGCUCCACCCGCAACACAACCGCGCUCUCUUCAAUCUUGGGAAUCUCCUUAAGUCCCAGGAGAAGAAAGAAGAAGCUAUCACUCUUCUGAAGGAUUCCAUUAAAUAUGGCCCAGAGUUUGCAGAUGCAUAUUCAAGCUUAGCUUCAUUAUUGGCUGAGCAGUUCACUUCUCUCAGUCUUCUCUACAAGGAUGUUUCAAAAACACUUUGUCAGACACCUGCUGAAAUCCUUGCCCUGAUGCCAGAUUGUGAUUCCAUCAAAAAAGGAAGCAAGGAAAGAUUUAAGGAAGCUGAAGAAAUAUACCAGGCAGGAAUAAAGAACUGUCCAGACAGCUCAGAUUUACACAACAACUAUGGAGUUUUCUUAGUUGAUUCUGGCUCUCCAGAGAAAGCAGUGGCCCAUUACCAACAGGCCAUUAGACUCAGCCCAAGUCAUCACGUGGCCAUGGUGAACCUGGGCAGACUCUACCGGUCCCUGGGGGAGAACAGCAUGGCCGAAGAAUGGUACAAACGUGCCCUGCAGGUGGCACGCAAAGCUGAGAUAUUGUCGCCUCUGGGAGCACUGUAUUACAACACUGGCCGCUAUGAAGAGGCUUUGCAGAUAUACCGGGAAGCUGCAGCACUUCAGCCUUCACAGAGGGAGCUCCGUCUGGCACUGGCUCAGGUUUUGGCUGUGAUGGGUCAGACGAAAGAAGCUGAGAAGAUGACCAGUCACAUUGUGUCAGAGGAGACUGGAUGCCUCGAAUGUUACCGCCUCUUGUCAGCAAUCUAUAGCAAGCAGGAGCACCAUGACAAGGCACUUGAUGCUAUAGACAAGGCUCUCCAGCUAAAACCAAAGGACCCAAAAGUUGUAUCUGAACUUUAUUUCACAAAAGGAAACCAACUAAGAGAGCAGAACCUUCUUGACAAAGCUUUUGAGAGCUAUAAGGCAGCUGUAGCACUAAAUCCAGAUCAAGCACAGGCCUGGAUGAACAUGGGUGGAAUUCAGCACAUCAAGGGAAACUAUGUGUCUGCAAGAGCGUAUUAUGAGAGAGCUUUACAGCUGGUUCCAGACAGCAAACUGCUGAAGGAAAAUCUCGCCAAAUUGGAUCGCCUAGAGAAACGAUUACAAGAAGUUCGAGAAAAGGAUCGAACGUAGCACUGUUAAACCCAUCUCAUGGGACAAUGCUGGUGCCCUCGGAAGAGGACAAGUGAUGGGGACCUUGCUUUCACAUCCGACAUCCGCGGGGGCACAACCAGUCGUGCAUUCCUCUCAAGACUCUUGAGUUUGGGGUGGCAGACCUUGGGGUGUCUGUUAGCAGCCUUGUGCUGAAGGACUUGCGUUUCCAUGAGGAAAAAGACAAAAUCAGCAAGCCAGUCAGGAUGAUCUGAGAGGAAAGGAAAACAGCAGCUACACAUUUUACAGAUUUUUGUUUGGUUUAACUCCCGAUUUCCCUUGAUAGAUUUCUGUGCUUUUGCAACCUGGAGAUCUAAUUCACUUUCAUAGUUUAGACAUUCGUGUCCCCAGAAAUUACAGAGGCUCAAAAUGCUAUAAAGGCAGAGCAUCCAUUCUUCAUGGGAUGAGCUAUUUCAAAGAGGAUAAAUCCUCUGGUGUAAGCCAUUUGGAAAAGUCUACCAAGUGGAAGCUCAGUUAAUUCUCCAGACCCUGAAAUGAGUAUGUAAUAGCUUUUGUAGAACCUUGUAGAAUAUAUGGGGAAAAGGGCUAUUGUUAAGUGAGCUUUAUCUAAUAUCCUCCUAAGGAUAUUACCAGAGAUAUUUUGAGGAGUAAAUUCAAUUCCACUCUGAGGCAAGUUUUUCCAUUGCCUAAUAUAUCAAAAGGGAAGCUUCUAGAAUUGUAUAUGGGUAUCUUUAUCCCUACAGGAAAAUCAAGGAAAAUGAUGCCCCUAAUUCUUUAUGGAAAUGUUUAAAGUAUUUUAAUUUUAUUACUAGAGUAGUAGUUCUUUCUACUCCAAGAUUUCAAAAGUGCAUUUAAAAUCUCAAACGUCCCACCUUCAAAUAUAUUGUUAUUUUGGUGGAGAAAAAAAAAUAGUAUAUUCUACAUAGAAAAUAUUAAAGAUAUUAACUGAGAGAAAUGUCCUACUUUAUUAUUGUAAUGUUCAGACAUCUUAAGAUUUAUUAUUUUUUUGGAAAGUAUAUUUAACCAUUGAAAAAUAUUUACAAUAUAUAAUAGAAAUCUUCAUAGACUCUAACUAGAUGGAAAAUAACUAUUUAUUUGUCUUCCUAGUCUUCAUUGGGAAUUCUGUGCUUAAAACAUGAAUGACUGAAACCCAAACUUUGUCUUAUACUUGUAAUUUUGAAGAUUUCAUGGAGAAUACUCAAAAAAUCUAGGGGAAAGUCUAAACUUAAAAUUUUAAAAAUAUAUAUAUUUAUAUUUAAAAGGAAGGCAAAGGUGAAUUCACAAUUUGACAUUUAUUUCUAGUGUUAUUUAUUUCAUAACUUAUAAAAUAUUUAAUAUAUAUGCAUAUAGACUUUUUUCUCUGUACAUAAGUUUUAAUAGCAUCUUUCAAAACUGACCAUACAAAAAUAUGAAUCUGAAUUACAAAGUAGUUAAACAGUCCCUCAAAAAAAUUGUAUUGAUUAUCCACCUACUCAAUUUAACAGAAUUGGGGCUCAGCCUUCAAUAUUUGGGUGGUAAUAUAUUUUGGAAAUGAAGAAAUUGAAACACCUGGUUCUAACUUGAUCAUCAUCAUUAAAAACAAAAACAUUCCAGGCAGUACUGGUCAUGUGCUGAGCCAGGUACCACACAGACAUCGCAGCCUGGAGGUGCAUAUAUUUCACCUUCUCAGGCCAGUAAAAAAGCCUUCUACUUACCACCCAAGAUCAGGAAGUACUGCCCCCAUAUGUUAUUCUUUUGUCAAGGUAAGUCUAAAUAAGUGGAAGUAAACUUCUUUGGGGAUGAAGGGGAGGAUGUUAUAAAUGCAAAUGAUGACAGAUUUUAAAUUAGCAUGUAUAUUUUUGUGCAUAUCAGUAAUCUGAUAAUGUAUAAACUACCAUUAUAACCUUCUGUUUCUAAUGGUCUUUUAGUGUUACACGUCAUAAAUUUAUCUUUAAAAAUAUCUUUAAAAGGUUUUUCUCCUCCCUAACCCAAUAUAAUAUUUCUGUAGUCCUUAGGCCAAAAAGCAUAUGACUAAAUUUAUUGCAACAUAACUUUUCAUCCCCAAAUUGAAAACAGGAAGUCUCUAGUAUCUAGGACUUUACCACAACUUUUCAGGAUAGUGUGUAACCAAAACUCAUGCUUAGAAAGUUAAUGGAAAAGAUUGCACCCCAAAUUUUGAACUAAUCGUGCUUUAUUUAAAGGCCCACUAAAGGUAUGAGUACACAUUUGUUGGGGUAAUUUAAAGGCAAUUAAAGUCUGAAAAUUUCUGAGGGAAAAGAGUCACAUGGCCUUCAGGAGAUUUUCUCUGCUGCUUUUCAUGUUCUCUGUCCCCCAGUCCCUCUUUCUCUUAUUCUCUGAUUCAUCUGUCUGCACACACCUGCCUCUCCUUGGACAUUAAAACCAAGCACUGUUCAAAGAGGUAGGGAGGGAAAGUAAGCAUUGUUUAUUCAGUCAGAUAUUUUUAUCCUUCACUGAAAUGUAGCCAGUGAAAUAGUUUUCUCAGUUGAAAUGGUGCCUAUAAGAAAUUAAAUCACAUUAUUUUUCAAAGAUGUUAAGUGUAUCUUGCAACGUUUCAUUUGGUCCCUAUAAUGUGAAAUAAUAAGUGGAAUUCAUCCUUAUCAGAAUAACAGUGGAGAGCCCUGGCUAGUCAAGGAGAUGGCUCUGGUUUUCCCUUAAUGAAGGCAUGCUUGGCCUGUGAAUUGAGAGCCCUUUCUGAAGUGGAGGAGCAGAGCUGGCUUCAUGAGUGUACAGUCCGUGUUGUCUCAAGGGUCCAACAUUAAGAAGCAUCCUCUCUUGGUUGAAUUCUCUGCUUAAAAUUCUUAAUUACUUUUAAACAGUAGACCCCUUGAUUUCAUUUUCCACUAGGUCCCAGAAUUAGGCAGCAAGUCCUGGGCAGGAAGGAAGGACAAGACAGGAAUUGCUUUGGCCUGGCUGGACACUUGAUCUAAUAUUCAGUUUCCUUUGUGACUUUGUCACUCUGAGCACCAUUUGUUACUCUUUUCUUGGCUACAUGAAGAACUCUCCAUGCACAUUUCUUCCUCUAAGCUGAGUCUUUCUGACCUGUUCUUCAGUUCUCCCUAGAACCAGUUCUUCUCAUCUUCAAAAUCCACACAAAUGGCAAUUCUUUAACUUGCCCUUUGACAAAGAAGAAUGAGGUGAGAAUGGCUUAAGUAGCUUAUUUUAACCUUAUGAAUUAUUCAAGAUUUUGAAAAUGAUUCAUGCAUUUUUUAUUUAUUAAUAGCAUUCAUAAAAUAUGAUGUAACAUAGGUGCUUAAAACCAAAGAUGCAGAUACCUUGGAAAAAAUCAAAUUUUAGGGAAUCCUGAGAUAGAGUCUUUUGGAUUUAUUUAUUUUGAAGCCUAUUACAAAACGAAGAGGAUUACCACCAUGUAAAUUCCAACUCCCUAUAAUACUUCACAACCCUUAGCAUAAGCUUGUGAAAUUUACUAUAGGUGGUACCUCAUCUGAUGCCAAAUUUUGCAGUAUUUGUGCAGCUACUUGUCAGCCUGACCAAAUGAGAAAAUGCAAACCAUCCCAUACAAUGUGACUCACAGGAACUAUAAUUUGAGAGGGAGUAAAAAGCAAGUGUGUGGUUUCUUAAGGUCUCCAUUAGACAUUUCAGGUGCCUCAGAUGCAGAGCUGCACUCUGCUCAUUGUGAGAUGUGUCACCUCACACACAGUGGCUCUCAACACUGGCUUCCCUUAGGCAACAACUGAAAACCUUUCAAAAUCCUUACUAUCUGGCUGAUCAGGUGAUGAUUCCAACAGCAGUGAGGCUACAGACAUUGCAGGCCUGAUAACUUUAAUGGGAGUUUAUGAUUUUUUCAAAACAUAUAUAAUCUUUCAAAAUUUUUACUUUUUAACUACUAGACUUAAAAAAAGCAAAGAUUCUAAAGAGUAAUUUAUGGCACAAUGGUUGGUUAAGGACAUCUCAUUCCAAGAUUAACAAACAAGUGUCAGGGUGGGAUGGUUUUGCACUUGUGGCAACUGGACUGUAAUUUGGCCUUAUGCUUACAGAAUUUGUGUUCUCAGAUGGAGAUGAGUUGCCUUGCCAUUUGAAAGCACCAGAUAAGAUGCCCAGUAUAUAAACAUGAUAUUAUAUAACUCAUAGGUGGUAUAGAGUGUCUUAGAGUUUAGGCCUACAUGAUUCUGUCUGGCCCAUACAUGGAAACCUUUGUUAAUCAAUUCUCAAUGUACUUAUUAGAAUCAAUUUUUAAAAAAUACAUAAAAACUUUUACUUUGACUUCAUGGUGGAUUCAACCUUAGAAUAAUUAAGUUUAUAGGAUGUUAGUAAUGGCAUUCAAAGCAAAUACAGCUAGAAGUAAUUUGUGGUGUAUUUAAUUUCCUGAUCUCCAAAUUAUUUUUAUUUGAUUAUAUGAUGGUAUCUCCCAAAUACAGCAAAACUUUUCUAAAUGGCAUCUUUUAGCAUUUUAUUUUCAGUACUGAGACUGAGGAUUGAACCCAGGACCAUGUGCAUGGAAGGCAAAUGUUUUAUCACUAAGCCACAUCCCCAAUCCUUUUUGGUUUUUUGUUUGUUUGUUUAAAUUUUGCAACACGGUCUUGCUAAGUUACCUAGGCUGGCCUCAAACUUACCUUAGCUUUCUGAGUAGCUGGGAUUACAGGUGUGCACUACCCUGCCAUCUAGUACUUUUGUUUUUAUGAGCUCUUUGCUCUAAAGAGAUAAAAUAACUACAAUCAAAAGCAUGGUUUAAUAUCAAUCAAAGCAGCAAAACAGAAUUGAUAUUUAUAGAAAUCAAAUGGUUCGUAUUAAAAUGUUCCAUUUUUAUCACCAAGCAUCCUUUCAACUAAAAACUUCUGGGGGGGAAAAAACUGGACAUGCACCUCAUAAAAUCAGCACCCAUACAAUACAUGCUCAUUAUCAGUUUGUAAGUUUAGACCAUCAGUUGCCCCUGGUGAUGUUUAUAUCCAGAAAUCCAGGGGUUUCUUCACAUUGUCAAUAGUGCACAUGGUGUGUAUUUGUAUCACGUCUGGUAUUUCCAAUGUGUGCAAUGUCCUUUGGGGAUUUCUUAUCUUGCUGAUCUGUAGGAGGUUUGCACUAGUCCAAACUUCAAGACAUUUGAAUUCUAGUCAUAGCUUUACCACCAAGGAACCACCUCACCUAGGGGAUGUUAGCCACUGUCCCAGUCAAAUUAUCGCUCAUGGAGGACUGGUCAGUCUCAUGAUUCCAGUAAGCUCUAUGAGCCUCUGAAUGGUACUCUUGAAUUGAUUUGAAAAGCACUAUGCACCUGACUAGAAGACCAAUGGAUGUUGCUUUUUUUUAAUGAAUCUUAAGAUAAUGAUGAUCACUGCAUAGCAAUACAGACAAAGAACCCAAAAAGUGACUAAAUUUCCUAAGUGCUUUAACAUGACAGAGGUAAUUACUAUUCUUUUGCAGUCUGCACUUAAAAAUUCUUAUAGUGAUUUUGAUUUUUACUUUCGGGGAAAAGAGAUAAAACUUUCUCCUAAGGAAUUGGAAUAUGUUUAGAAGACAUGACUUGGUUUGAUAAUAUGGAAAUCAUUGGAUUUGUGGUGACUCAUAUGGAUCCCUCCUUUGGUCAGGAGAAAAUGAAUUACAUCAUGUUCUUUGCUCAUAUGCAUUUAGUUCCUAUUUUGAUCAUUUGUAUAUAAAUGUACCUUUUCGUUGCUUUUGCUGUACCAGUUAGAAUUAUAUCUCCCAUAAAGUAUUUCACCUUCCAAAUCUGAUAUGUAUACUUUGCCUAGGUUUUUCCAAAGUAAAAUAUAUGUAAAUGUCUAUUUUGUAUAAAAUAUGAUGAAAAUAAUUAUGUCUGGCUUCAAUCUCUCAAGUAUUCCGUGAUUAAUUCCCAUUGAUAUCCUUAUCACCAGCACAUAUGUGUUUUUGAAAUAAAAAAAGUCUUCAUUCCUUUCCUCAUUCA